AUGGAUGGUUCUGGUGGAGAUUUGAAGCUUGAUCUGUUGCUGGAUAACGAGGAUGAUGAAGAGGUUAAAAAGCGGAAGAAGAAGUUCGAGGUAGGGAUUAUUUCGUAUAUAUAUAUAGCUGAUCUAGAGCAUUUUUGUUCACAGGAUGAGCUGAAGAUUAUGAAAAAUAAGAAGCUACAGACUGGGAAAGCAGAAAGAACAACAGAAGGGUUGAAGACAUCAAAAGGUGACUCUGAAGAUAAUACGAAGGAGAAAACGGCAGAUAAGACACAGGAAAACUCGAAAACGUCGGAAGAGAAGCCAGAGAAGAAAGUUUCAGAAAAAGUUCCUGAAAAAAUUCCGGAAAGAAUUCCUGAAAAAGUUCCGGAAAAAGUCCCAGAGAAACCUGACAAAUCUAAAAAAUCGCAAGCCAAAUCUGUAAAUGAUCCAAAACCCAAUCCAGAAAGAUCUGUUAUCCAGACUUCUAAUUAUCCAAAAUCGGUAUACGAAAAUAUGGAUCCAAAUGUUCAUAUUCCAGUUGGAGUGGACAAAACGCCGCCUGAUAAGAAGAUGGAGACACAGAGAACCCCAAUGAAGGAUAGCAAGAAAAGCAAUACGACCAAAAAGAAGAACCCUUGUUGUUCGAUUCUUUAA